UAUAUGGUUUCUCUCCAGGAGCAUGUCUUGAUGGCGGGAAUGUUUAUGAAAACAACCCCUGAUAUUUAUAUCAGUGUGUGUUUCUUUCAGAGUGAAAUAUCUGUUCUGAAGAUGGCUGUUGUAAGAGUCAGUGACGGAUAUGGUGAAGUCAGUGCUAAGUUCAUCUAUUCUGAACAAGACGAAGAGGAAGUGGAAUAUGAGGAUUACUCUGUCCAGUACCAUUACAAAGGACGCAACGCCAGAGCUGGAGUGCUCCGUGCUUCAGCUGCAACCAAUGACGCAUAUGUUGGUUUUGAUGUCCUCUGUGCUGAUGAAGACUCAUUUGAUGAAGAUGAAUUUGACAAAAACUCUGGGAGACGCCGUCGCAAAAAAGGAGGGCGCGUCAGAGCUGGAGUGCUCUCUGCUACAGCUGCAUGUGACGGGUUUGCUGCACAGGUUAAAGGGCCUAAUAUCAGUGCAGGGGUCGAAGAAUCUGAUACAGGUGUCAAAGUCUAUGCUGGUGCAGAACUUGCCAGUGCCUCAGCCUCUGCUGGUCCGGUGAAGGCUAAGGUUGGUCUGUCAGCAGAGACUGGUGUUGGUGUUGGUAAAGAUGGGGUAGAGGCAAAGGUGCUGGGCACAGGCUUCUCCCUUGGUCGCAAAUUUGGCAUUUCUGUGUUUGGUAGUGGCUUUGAAAUCGAUUUGUGGUAGACAGAAACUUUGUGCUGCAUAUAAUACCAUCCUCGGAUUGUACUGUGCCUUCACUUUCAAUAAUCAAACCUUUAUUAACCUCCAACCUUGUAACCUCACAGAAUUCUAUCACUGUGAGCAGGCUGAACCUUUGCUGUCCUUCAUAAUAACACUGACUGAUGUGCUUCUGUAUUUGUACCUCAUGCUGUGUAAAAGCUUGGCUAUUGUCUAAAACUAUAUAUGAGAUUGUGAUGACAAUAAAUGUAAGCCAAUGCA